AUGAGUGGAAUUUUAAAGAGGAAGUUUGAAGAAGUUGAUGGCUCCUCGCCCUGCUCCUCCGUGCGGGAAUCUGAUGAUGAAGUUUCCAGCAGUGAAAGUGCUGACAGUGGGGACAGUGUCAAUCCAUCCACCUCUAAUCAUUUCCCCCCCUCCUCCAUCCUCAAAAGGGAGAAGCGGCUGCGGACCAGGAAUGUGCACUUCAGCUGCGUCACCGUGUACUACUUCACCCGGCGGCAGGGCUUCACCAGCGUGCCCAGCCAGGGGGGCAGCACGCUGGGCAUGUCCAGCCGCCACAACAGCGUGCGCCAGUACACGCUGGGCGAGUUCGCCAGGGAGCAGGAGCGCAUCCACCGGGAGAUGCUCAGAGAGCACCUCAGGGAGGAGAAGCUCAACUCCUUAAAGCUAAAGAUGACGAAGAACGGCACCGUGGAGUCCGAAGAGGCGAGCACUCUCACAGUGGAUGACAUUUCUGAUGACGAUAUUGACUUGGACAACACCGAGGUGGACGAAUACUUCUUCCUGCAGCCCCUGCCGACAAAGAAACGAAGAGCACUGCUGCGGGCGUCCGGAGUGAAGAGGAUCGACGUGGAGGAGAAGCACGAGCUGCGGGCCAUCCGCCUGUCGCGGGAGGACUGCGGCUGUGACUGCCGCGUGUUCUGCGACCCAGAAACGUGCACCUGCAGCCUGGCAGGCAUCAAGUGCCAGGUGGAUCGAAUGUCUUUCCCGUGCGGCUGCACUAAAGAAGGAUGUAGCAACACAGCAGGUAGAAUUGAAUUUAAUCCUAUCCGCGUCCGGACUCACUUCUUGCACACAAUAAUGAAACUUGAACUGGAGAAAAACCGAGAGCUGAACGGCUGCCAUGGUGAGAUAAGUGCUCACAGUAGUUCCAUGGGCCCUGUCUCUCACUCCGUAGAAUAUUCUAUCACAGACAAUUUCGAGAUUGAAACUGACCCCCAGGCCGCAGUACUGCACUUGCAGUCCGCCGAGGAAUUAGAUUGCCAAGGAGAGGAGGAGGAAGAGGAGGAGGAGGAGGAGGAUGGGAGCAGCUUCUGCAGCGGCAUCACCGAUUCCAGCACGCAGAGCUUGGCACCCAGUGAGUCCGAUGAGGAGGAGGAGGAGGAAGAGGAGGAAGAGGAAGAGGAGGAGGAUGAGAAAGGAGACAGCUUCAUGGAAGGUUUGGGUGCCCAUGCUGAAGUCGUCCCUCUUCCUUCCGUCCUGUGUUACUCAGAUGGCACCGCCGUGCACGAAAGCCACGCGAAAAAUGCCUCUUUUUAUGCCAACUCUUCAACUCUGUAUUACCAGAUCGAUAGCCACAUUCCGGGACCUCCUAACCAGAUCUCUGAGAACUAUGCUGAAAGAGAUGCUGUCAAAAACGGUACCCUCUCGCUGGUGCCUUACUCCAUGACCCCAGAGCAGUUCGUUGACUAUGCCCGACACGCAGAAGAGGCCUACGGCACCUCCCACUACCCAGCUGCCAACCCCUCUGUCAUCGUCUGCUGCUCGUCCUCGGAAAAUGACAGCGGCGUGGCCUGCAAUAGCUUAUAUCCCGAACACAGGCCCGGCCAUCCUCCGAUGGAAUUUCACUCAUACUUGAAAGGCCCCUCCCCGGAGGGGUUCGUCUCGACCUUGAAUGGCAGUCACAUUUCGGAGCAUUCUGCCGAAAACCCCUUGAGCCUCGCAGAGAAGAGCAGACUGCACGAAGAGUGCAUCAAGUCGCCCGUGGUCGAGACCGUCCCCGUCUAG